AUGCUCGUGGGAAAAACAUAUUCAGUGGAUUGCUACGUUCAUGAUAUUGAGGAUUGUGGUAUAUCACUACAAGACCCCAAUAUACCACCAACCGAAAAAUGUUGUGAUGAACUCAAACAACAUAUAGAUUGUAUUUGUCUAUACAAACAACACUACUUCAAAAUAGACUCCGGGAGGCUCCUCCAUGCCGUUAAGGAGAAUGGAGCAUUGUCCCACCUCCAUGUUGUGUUAAGGCUCGUGGCCCUUGCAACAUAG